CCUAAUUCGAAACUGUGUCAACAGUAAUAACAUUAUUUUUAUCAAAAUAAAUAAAUAGUAUAAAAUCCAACCGCUCCGAGCGAUAUUUCAAAGUCUUCGCACGAAUGCACAGUUUCUCUUUCAUUCAAUUCGACUUCAAUGGGCAAAACCGUGAAGAGAGCCCAAGAAAGAAAGGUGUCUUCUUCGUAUUUUCUUGAAUGUUUCGGAUUUUCCCGUAAAAUAUACUCCGACAAGGGGAUGGUUGAGCCGGAAGAGGAUGGUGAGAGGAAAAUCAAGACAAAGAAGAAGAAGCCAAAUCGGUGGCUUUUAUGUUCUAAAUUUCGCUCCAAGAACAGAGAGAUCAAACCGGCGCCGAUCGAGGAAACAGAGAAACCAACUUCAAGUGUAGAAGAUAAAAUUUAUAAGAAGAAACCGUUGAAUAGUUGUAUGUCUGAUCGUAAGAAUAUUCCGGCUGAUGAUAAGUCCGUCGUGAAUCAUGACACAAAAGAGACAAAACCGAAGGACUUACAAGUCGUAACCACCGAACGGUUGGGUUCCUCAAGAGAAGACACGUGUCCUGAACGCAUAUCCAACUCAACCCGUAACGUGAAACCGGAGAUGAAACAGAUGAAACCGUCUCGGGAGAAAAGCGGGUCACGGGUCGAAAAGUUUGACCCGGUAAUUGGGAUUUCGGUCAUUGUAUUGACGCUGGUGAUUAUGUUAGUUUGGGGUCGACUAUGUGCGAUUCUAUGUACAUCCGCUUGGUGUUAUCUACUACCUCGUCUCAGAGACGCAGCCGCGUUGGCAAAACGCAAACGCAGCGGUAGCGACAGUUCUGCGUACGUGCAGGAUUUGAAUUCAGAGUCGUAUAAAAGAAAAGUCGUUAUGGACGGGUUUCUUGGCCGGCAAAAUCGCGUUUCACUGUCGUGACGAUUUCUUUUAUAUUAUAAUGGGUUUUGUCAAUUUUUUUUGUUUUUUUUAAUAUGGAUAAACAGUGUCUUCGUUUAAUAACGAUGAUUGAUCGAUUAGUAUAUUAUCUGUGGUUUUUUGGAAGUCAAUAUUUAGCAGCCGUGUUCGUCACUCUAGACUGUUCGUUUGUACUCACUAACUCAACAUAUUAUAUAAGCGUCUUCCUCUUCCUAUGAUCUAUAUGGUUAAUAGUUACUGGUGAAAUAAAUACAGGAAACAUGAUCAGAAAGAGGAGAACCGUGUACGAG